AUGCCAGGACCACGAAACAAAGUCAAAGGAAAGUCAAAGACUAAGAAAGAUCGCCCCCAGCCCCAGAUCGCUUCUGAGAGUCAGACAGUAACGCCAGAAGCGGAACCCGCUCAAUGCCUUACUUUCCAAGUCGACGAGGAGACCCUGUGUUGGAGACCCGCCACACAAGGAUAUCCACCUCGUUGCGACGUUCACCGCGGCCAGUUCCAGAUCCUGUACAAAAGAUACGCAGAUGCAUCCAAGGUGGUGGACCAAAUAAAGUGGGGUCGACAGCUUCCCGCCAGCGAGCAAAUUAGGCGUUACACGGACUGGAGCACAGUUCUGGAAAAGGCCCGUUUGGUCCGUCAGUAUAUCGAUGCUAUCCGGAUCGAAACAGAAGGGAGUCUUUUACAUGCCCGAAGGUUCCUGGACGACGCACACAAGGCGCGCAUGAAAUUCCUCCAAAAGGAGAUGGUAAACGCUCGCGACACUCUGGACAAACUGCACACUCGUGCGUAUGAGCUGUACAUCUCGAUUAUUCCCAGUGCGCGAGAGAUAACCAAGUCGGCCGACGUUCGUUCACCUUCGCCGUAUCCGCGUGCCUCGCGACGGACGGAAGAUCUUAUUGCGGCGGCAGGAUCGGACUCCCGUCUUUUUGAGGUGUUGCAGGUGGAGGGCAGGACCCUUGCCCGCGUACCCGAAACGGGCAACGAAGAUCUUAUCGAGAUCCUACUUGCGGAGAGGAAGCACGCGCUUCUCACCGAAUUUAGUCUCUUUAUGGACCCUGAAUGCAAGGUCAUAAGGGAAGAAACGGAUUCUCCAUGUGAAGAGGCGACCGAGGCUGUGGUGGAGAUGAUCCACCUUUGUUAUCAACAGUUCGCGCGACGCAUAAUUUUUCAUGAACCCACCCUCUUUAUGAAAUCACUACGCAAGACGUCUUUGGAUGACUUCUUCCAAAGCAACGAUUUCGACGUCGAGGAUGCUGUCAGAUUCAUUGAUUUGUUUACAGAAUUGUUGGGAUCUACGCUGACAUGGUGUAAAGAUGCGAUAGCGGACGCGCUCACCAUUUCCCGUGAGGGCACCUCCCACGUUUUCCCCUCGAUCCAGAAAUCAGAAGAUAGGCUACAACUGCUCGGGGGGUAUAUCUUCAAGGCUACCGACCUUACGAACGAAUCCUGGUGGUAUCUCCUUAAAUUGACCAGUCCGCCCAACGACAUGGAGCAUCGCUUCGUCCGACUUUGCCAAAAUUUUGACGACCUCAUAACUUUUCUUUCAUUCUGCGUGUUGGGUCUCGUUCCACCUCCAAGUUUCUGUCGCAACCAGCCUGGACCUUUUGAUCCUUCGCUAUCGCGACUCCAUUUAUCGCUGUGCGGCGUGGUAGUCGCGGACAUGGUGUCUCCUCCGUCGACCAAUGCGAAAGGUCCUGUACCUACUUCAGGGAAAGCGAGGAAGCACGAUUGCAUCGUUUGGGCCGAACACGAGGUCAGGGCACACCUUUUCGCCGCUAUCAGGAACGAGAGCGACGCUUUUACCGAUGCUUUAAUACGAGAACUACGGGCACGCCCCGACCUAUUUCAAGUCAUCGUUCGAUCGGAAACGGAUCCCGACCAAGUCGUUGCAUUCGGAGCUGGCCCCGGAGAAGCUUUACCGAGCAUGCGAAUCCGCACCUUCGAAGCACCACCUGCACCGGCUUCGGAUCCUCCAAAGGGUGAUGGCGAGUGGAAGGUCAAGAGAACUGCCCUCGACCUCUUAUAUGGGACAACGAAAGACAACCGCGGCUAUUUCACGGUCCAUGCGUCGGAGAAAAAGUGGUUCUUUCGAUUCAAGACGUUUACGGUGAAGUAUUUGAUCGUCCUCGAUGCGAUUCCGAACCGCGAUCACAGCCAUCUGGCACGAAACCUGGCUUGGGCGGCACUUUGCGCCAAAGGAUACGGAGAAGGAGAAUAUACCCUACGCAAAUACGCAGAAGCGGGAGAUAAGAUAGUCAAUGACUGUGCGGAAGAACUCUUUGGGUGGAUGCCGGUAGAAUGGACGUGGUCGCUUCCACUGAUUGCAGAGCAACUGGAGGUGCUCGCAGAACUGGAAUUCGGAGAUGUGUAA